GACUCAUCGUUCUACCUCGGAAGUUCGGGCUCCGAAUGUCAGCAAUUUUACAUUGCACUCCAGGUGAGACAAUUUCCCUUCCGUUGAGCUGGUGUGAAACAGGGCUCAUCUCUAUAUGCGAUCUCGAGAUUCUCUUCAACUAAGAGCGGGAGUAGUCUCUGGCUUAUACAAACCUGAAGAGCUCGAGCUUACACAAAAGAAAACAAUGUCGGAACUCAACGUUGCAAUCAACAAUCUACCUCCAAGUCGGCCCUUUCUGCUCAACACGUCGGAGAUGCUUUGUCGAAGAUAACCACCUCUGUGUGAGUGCACGUUCUGCAGAGAACAUGCGUGCAGAGAUCUAUGUAUAGGCUAGGUGCUCUUCAAAGGGAUAACUUUUCCACAGCCCUCUGGUGCUGGAACACUUCUCCUUGACUCUUCGAUAACAACAUCCUCCUAGACUUCUCUCGACCAAUUCGACCAAACGAACCACGAUGUACCAGCCAGUUGCCGACCCUCCGUCUCGCCUGGCUCGUUAUCGCAGAGUCGCUCCAUCAGCCGCAGUCUUCGUUUCUCCGAUUCAGCUUGAUGGCAUGAGUAUUGGCGGGAAUUUUAUCGACACCGCGAACUCGUACCAAAACGGUCGUUUUGAAGAGAUCAUCGGCAAGUGGAUGGAAGCUCGUCAGAAUCGUGAUGAAAUUGUCCUCGCUACCAAAUAUACCAGUCAAUGGCAACAGCAUAAUCCUGCCAUAAAGUCUCAAGCUACGCUGGUCGGCAAUAGCUACAAGUCCGUGUACACUAGUCUUGAGGGAAGCUUGAGAAAGCUUCGAACUAGCUACAUGGAUAUCCUGUAUGUUCACUUCCGGGACUACUCAACCCCGAUCGAAGAGAUGGUGAAUGGGUUGCACACUCUGGUUGGUUUUGGGAACGUCUUAUGUCUCGGCAUUUCUGAUGCACCCGCCUGGGUCGUAUCAGAAGCCAACCGGUAUGCAAAAGACCAUGGAAAGACACACUUCGUCAUCUACCAAGGGUUGUGGAAUGUCUUUACUCGUGACAUUGAACGAGACAUCAUUCCCAUGUGCCGUGCUCAUGGAAUGGCUAUUGCGCCUUGGAACCUCCUUCUACAGGGUACAAUUCGAACUGAUGAGGAGGAAGAGGCGAGAAGGAAUGCGGGUGUCAAGGGUAGGGCAAGAUUUACAACGAGUUGGGAAAGGGACGAGAGUGAGAAGAAGAUAUGCAAGGUGUUGGAGAAGAUCGCGAACGAGCUUGGUGCGAAGAAUCUCCGAUCAGUUGCCAACGCGUAUGUAAUGCAAAAGACUACCCACGUCUUCCCGAUCCUUGGUGUGAAGUCGGUUGAACAACUUGAAGCCAAUGUUGAUGCUCCGAACAUUGCUCUCACUCCCGAACAUACUACCGAAAUUGAGAGUGUGUUGCCAUGGAACUGAUGGAACUCGGGUUUCCCUCAUAAUAUCUUGGGUGACGGAACCAAGCCUUGUCCAAGUGUCCGGAGUACCAUCUGGUAC